AUGGACAAUUCAACUGCGAACGGCAAAAAUCGGGGCACAAGCGCUCAUCGGGCGCGGAACAAGUCGAAAACGGCACACCUGAAGCGCUGUCAAGCGCUUCGAGUGCCAAUUUUCGCCGAUUCACGGGGCUUAUUGCCGCAGAGCGAACGUUCGGCGGCCAUUUUUUUCCAGCGCGCACUCUCCAAUCGCUAUCGGCUGUCACGGGCCCGUCUCGAAAUUGAAAAUGGCGGUGCGAAUUUGGCGGGAAACGGUACCGGUCUCGCAAUGCUCAAACGCAGUAGAAUUGAUCAAACUGAAUUAGCGUCCGCG